GUCCAUGUGUUAUUUUUGAAGAAAACAGCGAAGAAAAUGAGCGACAAAAUAGCAGAAAAUUUAGCAAAUAUGAAAGUAGACGGUGGUGAAAAGGCAUGAACAUUUUUUAUUUCACGUUUUUACGUUAGAAUGUUGAAGGUUUUAAGUUAUUCAAAACCUGGGCUAGCCGUAAUAAGCCGGCAUACUUUUGCCACAUUGGUGUGUAGAAAAAGCGAAAAUGAAGAAAGAAAAGACCAAACCGGCGGGUGGAAGUGGAGAGAAGCCCGCUGUGAGUGAACUAAAACCACCCCCAUCCUUUAUAGAAGACCGUCUAAACCUUUGGAACAAACUAAAGGCAGAGUACGAUGCAGAAAUCUCUUCAAAACCCGAAACACCCAUUAAGGUCACUCUGCCUGACGGUAAAACUGUAGAGGCCGUCGCUUGGAAGACGACAGUAUAUGAUAUAGCCAAGGGCAUAAGUCAGGGAUUAGCCGAUAACGCUGUCAUUUCCAAAGUAAACGGAGUUUUGUGGGACUUGGAUAGGCCUCUAGAGUCAGAUUGUUCUGUGCAACUUCUUAAAUUCGACGAUCCCGAAGCACAGGCUGUGUUCUGGCAUUCUACAGCACAUAUGCUUGGCGAAGCCUUAGAAAGAAUAUACGGGGGGCAUCUUUGUUACGGUCCUCCUAUUGAAAGUGGGUUUUAUUAUGAUAUGUGGCUAGAAGAAAAAGGGGUUUCCCAAAGCGAUUUUCCCACAGUAGAAAGUCUAAUGAAAAAUAUAGCUAAAGAAAAACAGCCUUUUGAGCGUCUGGAAAUGAAGAAAGAAGACUUAUUGGAAAUGUUCAAAUAUAACCCUUUUAAAGUGAGAAUAUUAAACGAAAAGGUUAAUACUCCUACGACCACUGUGUACAGGUGUGGGCCCCUAAUUGAUUUGUGUAGGGGGCCACAUGUUAGGCAUACUGGCAAAGUUAAGGCCUUGAAAGUUACUAAGAACUCUUCAACUUACUGGGAAGGCAAGGCUGAUGCCGAAACGCUUCAAAGAGUGUACGGGAUUAGUUUUCCAGAUAACAAACAGUUAAAGGAGUGGGAAAAAUUUCAGGAAGAGGCUGCUAAAAGGGAUCAUAGAAAAAUCGGAAAAGAGCAAGAAUUGUUCUUUUUCCACGAACUCUCACCUGGUUCGUGCUUUUUCCAGCCCAGGGGGGCCCAUAUCUACAAUACUUUAGUGGAAAUGAUUAAAAAAGAGUACAGGGAGCGUGGUUUUCAGGAAGUGAUUAGUCCGAAUAUUUUUAAUGCUAAGUUGUGGAAAACUUCGGGUCACUGGGCUCAUUAUGCUGAUAAUAUGUUUUCUUUCGAUGUGGAGAAGGAAACUUUUGCUUUGAAGCCGAUGAACUGUCCAGGACACUGCUUGAUUUUCGACAACCGAAACCGCUCCUGGCGCGAAUUGCCGCUGCGCCUGGCCGAUUUCGGUGUUCUGCACCGCAACGAGCUCUCCGGCGCGCUCACCGGCCUGACCCGCGUGCGCAGGUUCCAGCAGGACGACGCGCACAUCUUCUGCGCCCCCGACCAGAUCAAGCAGGAGAUCAUGGGCGCCUUGGACUUCCUCGAGGCCGUCUACGGCAUCUUCGGCUUCACGUUCGACCUGGUGCUCAGUACCAGGCCGGAGAAGUAUUUGGGCGAGGUGCAGAUGUGGAACGAGGCGGAGAAAGCGUUGACGGAGAGUUUGGACGAUUUCGGACAACUCUGGAGGGAGAAUCCAGGAGAUGGUGCUUUCUACGGGCCGAAGAUUGAUAUUACUAUCAAGGACGCGUUGAAGAGGUCGCACCAGUGCGCUACGAUCCAGCUGGACUUCCAGUUGCCGAUCAGGUUCAACCUGUCGUUUGUCAGUGAGAGUGGUGACAAAAAACGGCCGGUAAUCAUACACAGGGCUGUAUUAGGAUCGGUAGAACGAAUGAUAGCAAUACUAACGGAGUCCUACGGCGGUAAAUGGCCGUUUUGGCUAUCUCCCAGACAGGUUAUGGUGGUUCCCGUUGGUCCAAACUACGAUCAGUACGCCGAAGAAGUACAAGAAAAGCUCUAUACUGAGGGAUUUAUGGCCGAGGUUGAUACGGAUCAUGGAGAUACGUUAAAUAAGAAAAUCAGGAACGCUCAGCUAGCUCAGUUCAACUUUAUUUUGGUUGUAGGAGAAAAGGAACGGUCCAGCAACACCGUGAAUGUCCGUACCAGGAACAACGUUGUGCACGGUGAAAUCUCCGUAGAAGGAUUAGUAGAAAAAUUAAAGUACCUCAAAGACAACUAUGCUGUCGAGGAGGAUAAAUUUUAAAGCAGUAUCACUUAAAAUUACGCUUUUAAAAAUUCCUUUUCUCUAAAACUACGUAUUAUAAUUUAUUUGGUUAUUUAUAAGAUGCAUUUAAAAUAAAACUCGUUGAAAAAC